GUUUUAAUUGAAAUUUUCUUAAACCUAUUCGAAUUUUUUUAGAUAUAACUUAUAUUCUAAUGAGCGUAAGGACUGGCUAAGUUAACAGUUAUUUGAUGAGGAUUUGAAAUCUAUGUUUACCGGCUUUUGCACGUAAACACGGUAAAUAUGGCAUUGACACACACGAUUUUAUACGACAAACAUAUUGGAUAAUACUUGAUAAUGUAAAAACUAAAAUUAAUAUGCUAGAAAAAGUGGAAAAGUUUCGAUCGCUUAAAAUUAAGGACCCAUUUUCAAGACACAUCAUACUUGAAUGCUAUUUGAUUUGUGCAGACUAUAUUUAUGAAUCAGCACUCCAAAAAGGUCUCUUGGAAACAUUCAAUCAUGUUGAUGUUAAAGUUGUUGAUUGUCCAGAUAUGAGAGAAAAACCAUUUAUGCUUUCGGCAGAAGGUAUCUGUGAGCGACCUUGCCUUGCUGAUGUUGGUGGUGUGGAAUAUUUAGCACCUUUAGCUCAGAAAGACAAAGUGUAUGAUUUCAAGUUAAUAGCUGAAAGCAUAGAUAUGCCUACUGCCUUAAUGAUAGGUGCUGGUGCUGGACCACGUCCGCAUAUUGGAACAAAUUGUGAGAUGAUGGCGAAUGUUAAGCUUGGAGAUGAAGAUUUGAUCAACACUCGUAUAGCAAAAAUAACUGAGGAUGGCUCAGAACUCAUUCAUCUAAAAGACAGCACCAAGUUUUGUCUGCUUGGAAACUUGUAUGUUUCCGAAGGAAAACCAGGAAAGGUUAUUAAAGUCGUAGCUAAAGAAAGAAAGGGCUCUGAAAACUUUGUUACAGCAAUGCGAAAAAUUCUUGCUGAUUAUUUUAAAGAUAAACCAGUAGGAAUAGGUGGUGUCUUCAUUAUUAAGAAGGGAAAAGCUAAGCUUCAUAUCAUGCCAGAUUAUUCAGACAAACCUUUAAGAAGUGAUGAUGAUAUCAACAAUUGGUUAAAAUUCUUUAACAUGUCUGCUCCAUUAACAUGUUUAAGUACUUUUGUUUCUCAUGACCCUGGAUUAAAUUUGAGAGUUGAACACACUCAUUGUUUUAGUGACCACAACGAAGGUGGUCAUUACCAUUAUGACAUCACGCCCGAUUCCGUUGAGUAUGAAGGUUACUUUAAUGUGUGCCAUGAACUCUUCCGCAUUGAUCGGCCAUCUACGAGGCAGGAAUUUGGACGAGAUUAGUCAAAAGAGUUUCUAACAAAAUUGUUUGUUUUGAUACUUCCAACCAAAAGACAGAGUGAAGUUGUUUUCUUACUGAUUUAACUGCAUUGUUUAUUUUGUGAUUAAGUGAUUAAUGUUACUAGAGGUUUUUUAAUAUUAUUUUUCGUAUCUUUAAAGUUUGACUAAAGCUGGGAAGGGAAGUCUUUUGUGCCAAUUGUAAGAGCUUCUGGUUAAUGUAUUUACUUUGUCCAACACGUUAAACUUUGUUACUAUUUUAUUUUUUACCGUAGUACUAUUUUUUAUGAUUUAUUUCCUUCAUUAAUGCAGUAUGUAGAUGCUUAUAGGAUUAAAAUAAGGUUAAUAUAUGUUAUCAGGUGCUUAACAUUAGUUGCUUUCUUUUUUAUUUAAAUUGAGAUUAAAGAAAUUAAUUAUUUUGCAUUGUUGCUUUUUUCUCUCGAUUUGAUAGCUGGAUUACACAGAAAAGUUAAGUAAAUUUGUUUACUUUAUUUUUUAAAAACAGGCAACUUUUAUGAUUCAACAACUAAAAGGCUGAAAAUUUGUGCAUAUAGGAGUGUUAGUUGAUAUGCAUUUUUGUGUUAUUUUUCUUAAUGUUUUAAAAUUUAGAAUUGAUUAAGCUAUGGCUUAAUUCUGUUUUUGAUGAAUAUUGAAAUUUGUGUAUUUUCAUUUAUAAUUAAAUUAUUUUUUACUUUAAAAGCUCCUUUUGUUAGAAAUAUUUUUUACAACUAUUUUUUAAGAGUGUACUUUUACUUGAAUAUUAUAUAAAUGUAUAUAGAUUGUUUAUAUAAAUUAAAUCAUAGCAUAAAACAUAUAUAAAUUGUUUAUAUUGAUAUUUGUGAUACUUACUGUUAUGUUGGAUAUAUAAGUAAUUGACUAUCAGUGUAAAAUUUGUUUUUAUACGAUUAUAAAAUAUUAUGGGUAUUUUGGUUCAUUUUUGCUUUUUGAAAAUAUAUACAAAUGUUUAAACGAAUGCAUUUAGGAAAUAUUUUAAUGUAAUGAAAAGGGAAAGUAAAAUGAGAGAAAACCUGUAAUAUCAUGGUUAUAUUUUUAGAAUUUUAUCGUAUGUACUUACUUUUUUAUAUUUAAUUGAAAUAUACAAUAGAGGAUUAAAAUAAUGGUUGAAGCAAGUAUAUUGACACUAUUAAUGUUGUUGAUUCCACUUUGCAUUUUAUGGAAUUAAAAAGUUAUUUUUAUUAAAAAAAUCCACUUUUAAAUCUCAAAGGUUGAAGAAGCCCAGAUAUAUAUUGUGUCAAAGAAAUUUCAUUUGUAUCUUGAUACUCUUUAUGAUGGAUUUAUUUAUUGUUAACUUGAAUAAAGAAAUGUAUUUUUUUUAA